CCGAUCCUCUGGCGGCGAUUGGGUCGACGUGUUGUACGGGUGACGGCGCGCGCGGGCCGGCCGGGCACGCGUCGCUCCCGAGGGCGAGGCAAGGGGUACGAUGCCCAACAACGUCGUCCAAAAUCGGUAGCGGCCGCUGUGGGGCAGGCGACUUUCUGUAUCAGUCGAACGACGUCCGCGUCGAGAAUGUCGGCGAGCCCGGUUCAACUGAGCAGGAGUUGUUGCCUUUCUUC